AUGAAUGUCGUAGAUGGUGGGUGCUUCAUGGCACUAAGCGACUCCCUUGUCGCUGUAGACUUGCGUUUGGUUGAGGAUUUUACCCGUGUCGAUUUACUGCAUAGGUGUAAUAUGCUAGACGGGGUUACACCUGUUAACGCCUGUCUCAUCGAACGCAGCAGGGCAGGCCUAUGGUACGUGUACGCCAUAACGGAAUCUUCCGGUUGUGAGAUUGACGAAGACCGUGUAGCAGCACUUGUUUGUAUCGCAUCCAGUGACAUCGACCCAACUGUGGCAACCGCGGAAUACCUUCUAGGCCUGUCAUGGAAGGAUGUUCCUCGAAACGUUUCAAACUGGUUCACCAAUGAUGUGCAAGUCAAAUGUGGUACCGUAGGAUUAUUGUGUAUGGAAAGUGUACGACGUUGUGCCAAAUCACAUGGUCUUGUACCCGAGAACUGCGAGGAAUUUUCAAACUACAUUCGAGAAUGGGCGAACACCAUGUGUCAGAUAACCACGACAUCAAGCAAGGUAUCACUCUCUAAUUUCCCUGGUGGACCUAUUGGAGCCGUAUCAUCCGUUGGAAUUUGUGAUAACGGAAAUUACAACUGUCAGGUCCUGAAGGACGAGGUCACAGAGGAAGUAUCGGGCGUCAAGAUAGUGUUCCCAUCAAUGGAGCCGGUGACGACAUCUUGA